AUGCUGCUGCCGGGGACCCGCAGCCUGCGAGGGGAGGCGGCUUCCGCCGAGGCUGGGCUGCUGCAGUGUCUGAGCUGCCGGGACAGCGCGCCUCAGAACCGGGAGCAUCCCCGUCCCUGGGGCCGAGACGCCUGCUUCUCUGUCCUCCCUCCUCCCUCUCGGGACCGGGGCGAGCGGCUCUGGUUUCAGUAUGCAACUAUUGCCUUACUUCCACCUUUCAUUUUCCAGCAACAGCUGCAGGCAUAUGUGGCCUGGGUGAACGCACAGCUGAAGAAGAGGCCAGCAGUGAAGCCUGUGCAGGACCUGCGACAGGAUCUCCGGGAUGGGGUGAUCCUGGCGUAUCUCAUCGAGAUUGUAGCAGGAGAAAAGCUGAGUGGUGUACAGCUGAGUCCCAGUAACCAGCAGGAGAUGAAAAAUAAUGUGGAGAAAGUGUUACAGUUUGUAGCCUCCAAAAAGAUUCGUAUGCACCAGACUUCAGCUAAAGAUAUCGUGGAAGGCAACCUGAAGUCUAUCAUGAGGCUGGUCCUGGCCUUGGCAGCUCAUUUCAAACCGGGCUCCAGCAGGACAGUGAACCAAGGACAGGACGCCAGAGCCCCUCUGCAGAGUCACCAGCCACACUGUGCCACUGCUGUGGCCCAGGGAGCAGCUGCCGCCCUAGCUGAUGUGUGUCACGACAUGUCACGGUCAGGGCGGGAUAUCUUUCGAUACAGACAGAGGAACAGCAGCGUGGAUGAGGAGAUUGGGAAUCCAUGCUGGAGCGUGCGAGCCCUGGUGCAGCAGUAUGAAGGGCAGCAAAGGUCCCCAUCCGAGUCCAGCUGCUCCAGGUAA